AUGCGUCUUGCAAAAGAAUAUUUCAAUGUUCAACCUGUUUAUUCUCAUACAAUAUCAACUAAACGAGAUCAAAUUGAAUGGCGUCUUCGACAAGGUUUUAUUGAAACUGAACGAUUUCAGUCGUUGCCACUUGGAACACACUCCAUAUCAAAAGUAGAACUAGAAGGACUAAAGAAAACGAUGCAUAAAUGUCCAAAAUGUUGUUGGGUUGCAUGUGGCAAUGUUCAAUGGAGAUGUGACUGUGGUCACCAAUGGCAUACAUUUGAUACUCAUGGUCAAUGUCCAAACUGCAAGAAAAACUGGGCAGAUACUCAAUGUCCAUCAUGUCAUCAAUGGUCUCCACACAAUGACUGAAUACGCCGCAAAACAUUUCUAUGGCUACAGCACAAUGCUAAAGUUAUGGCACAAAAUUUGAAAAAUGAUGUUAAAGCUGGUCGUGUACCAAUGCGUGGUGUUAAUUUGGGUGGAUGGCUGGUUGCUGAACAUUGGAUGACAUCAGCUUCGCCUGCUUGGAAUGAAGUUCCUGAACAUAUUGCUAAGCUUGGUGAAUUUAAAACAAUGCAACAUCUCGGUCAUGCUAAAGGUGAUUCUCAAUUCAAUCAACAUCGUGAUACAUAUAUCACUGAAGAAGAUUUUCGUGACAUAGCUAAAGCUAAAAUGAAUACAGUUCGUAUUCCUGUUGGUUAUUGGAUUACAGGCUUCGAUAAUCAACCUGGUGGUGAUCCAGAUGGAUGGAAAGUGUAUGCACCAGGUGCUAUAAACUAUUUAGAUCGAGCUAUUCGUGAAUGGGCACCUCGAAAUGAUAUACUCGUAUUGAUUUCAUUUCAUGCAGCAAAAGGUAGUCAAAAUGGUAAUGAUCACAGUUCACCAGCCGAUCCAGGCAAUUCUCAUUGGUCUCAUUAUCCAGAAAAUGUUCAAAAUACAGUAGAUGCUGUCGAAUGGUUAGCAAAAAGAUACAAUAAUGAUGCAGCAUUUUUAGGUAUUGGACUGCUCAAUGAACCAGAGAAAACAACGAAUGAAGAAGUUUUAAAAAAAUAUUAUCAUGAAGCUUAUGCCCGUAUUCGUGCAUUUUCAGAUUGUUUAUUGACAGUAUCACCUUUACUUUAUCAACAAAAGCCACAUGAUAGUGAUUGGGCACGUUUUAUGCAAGCACCUCAAUUUCAGGGUAUUCGACAUGAAUGGCAUCGUUAUCAAGUUUGGGGAUAUGAAGGUUGGGAUAAAAAUCGAUUGAUCAAUUAUGCUGAAAAUGACUUGAGAAAUGAAAUAGGAGCAUGGACAGGUAAUUGGUUAUUUUUUGGUGAAUGGUCUGUUGCAUCAUCAGCUUCUUUUAAUAAUGAUGAUUUACGUCGAUAUGCUCGUGCUCAAAUUGAUGCAUAUGCUCAAUCAUCCGGUGGUUGGACAUAUUGGACAUGGAAAUUCUAUAAUGAUAACCUUUCAAACAAUGGUUGGAGUAUGAAAGCAAUGCUUCAUCAUGGUAUCAUUCAACUUUAA